GUGGAAAUAACCCUACAAGACAUCAAUGACAACCCCCCUGUUUUCCCAUUUGAUAUGCUUGAUCUGACCAUCGAGGAGAACAUUGGGGAUGGAUUUAAGAUAAUGCAACUGACAGCUACAGAUGCUGAUGAGGGAGCAAAUGCUGUUGUGACAUACACAAUUAUCAAUGGAGCCGAGGACAGCUUCCGCAUUGACCCAGAAUCAGGAGACCUGAUAGCCACCAAACGCUUGGACAGAGAGCGCCAGUCAAAGUAUUCUCUGUUAGUUCGAGCCGACGACGGCCUGCAGUCCUCAGACAUGAGGAUCAAUAUCACAGUCAGUGAUGUGAACGAUCACACCCCCAGGUUCUCCAGGAGCGUCUACUCAUUUGACAUUCCAGAGGACACCGCGGCAGGUUCCAUUGUAGCCGCCAUCUUGGCUACCGACGCGGAUUCAGGUAUCAAUGGUGAGAUCACAUACUCUGUGGAAGAGGAUGAUGAAGAUGGAGUGUUCUUACUGAACCCGGUGACUGGACUCUUCAAUGUGACACGGCCCCUGGACUAUGAAGACCAGCAGUACUGCAUCCUCACAGCCCGUGCACAGGACGGGGGGAAGCAGUUCAGCACCGUGAGAGUUUACUUCAACAUUCUUGACGUGAAUGAUAACCCUCCAGUCUUCAAUGCAACCUCCUACAGCACCUCUGUGAUGGAGGACCUGCUUCCUGGAUCGACUGUUCUCACUGUUAAAGCCACAGAUGCAGAUGAGGGGCCGAACUCUCAGAUGUCAUACAGCAUUGCCUCAGGGGAUCCUCUCGCACAGUUUGAUAUAGACAGCGACGGAGUUCUGAAAACCAGACUUGCUUUGGAUCGGGAGUCUCAAUCGUACUAUAACCUUGUCGUCAGAGUUCAUGACAUGGCGCUUCUUCCAACGUCACGAUUCACCAGCACAGCCCAGGUGUCCAUCAUUCUACUGGAUGUCAACGAUUGCCCACCAAGUUUCACCUCUCAGAGGAUGACUUACAUCCAGGAGAACACCCCUGUGGAUACUGUCGUGUUUACAGCUCAAGCGGCUGACUCUGACAGUGGACCGAACAGCUACAUUGAGUACUCACUGCUCAGUCCUUUGGGGAACACAUUUAGCAUUGGGACCAUUGAUGGGAGAGUAAGACUUAUAGAGGAGCUUGAUAGAGAGGAGCGCUCUAACUACACAGUGACCAUCGUAGCCACAGACAAAGGGGAACCUUCACUUUCUUCAUCCAUGGAUGUCACUGUGAUUGUCCUGGAUGUUAAUGACAACAAUCCAAUCUUUUCUCAGAAUGUGUAUGAUGUUGAGAUUGAGGAGGACACCCUGAGUGCCACUGACCUAAUUCAGGUGUUUGCAAGUGAUGCAGACAAGGGAACAAAUGGGCAGGUCCGAUUUUCUAUUAUUGGAGGAAAUGACAGUAAGGACUUUAGGAUAGACUCUGUUACAGGAAUUAUAUCUGUCGCCAAGCAGUUGAACCGGGAAACAUGUGCUUCAUAUUCAUUGGUUGUUCAAGCUUCAGACCGUGGAAGCAGCCCAAGGACUGACAUAGCAAAAGUGAAUAUAAUGUUACUGGAUGUGAAUGAUUACACACCAGCCUUUGAGCUGUCCCCUUACACUGUGAAUGUCCAGGAGAAUUUAAUAAAUCUUCCACACACUGUUUUACAGCAAACGGAUUCCUAG